UGGAGAAGCCGAAUACCUCCUCUUACAAGAGCCAGUCCAUGUGGCACUGAGCGACAGAACGGUGUCAGUGGGUUUCCACUACCUCAGUGAUGUCAACGGGACACUGAGGAAUGUGUCUGUUAUGCUGUGGGAGGCCAACACCAAUCGGACUCUUACCACUAAGUACCUCCUGACCAACCAGGCCCAAGGAACACUCCAGUUUGAAUGUUUCUACUUUAAGGAGGCUGGUGACUACUGGUUUGUAAUGAUCCCGGAAGUGACAGACAAUGGCACGCAAGUUCCCCUCUGGGAGAAAAGUGCCUUUCUGAAGGUAGAGUGGCCUGUCUUUCACAUUGAUUUAAAUAGGACAGCCAAGGCAGCAGAAGGCACCUUCCAAGUGGGUGUUUUUACCACCCAACCACUCUGCCUGUUUCCUGUGGACAAGCCAGACAUGCUGGUGGAUAUUAUUUUUACUGACCGUCUUCCAGAGGCAAGAACAAGUUUGGGACAGCCGCUGGAGAUCAGAGCCAGCAAAAGGACAAAACUCACUCAAGGUCAGUGGGUCGAGUUUGGCUGUGCACCCGUAGGGGUGGAAGCCUAUGUUACAGUCAUGCUUAGGCUGUUGGGUCAAGACUCAGUCAUUGCUUCUACGGGACCUAUUGACCUGGCUCAAAAAUUCGGAUACAAAUUGAUGAUGGCACCGGAAGUCACGUGUGAGUCUGUGCUGGAGGUGAUGGUACUGCCACCUCCUUGUGUCUUNGUCCAAGGAGUCCUGGCUGUUUACAAAGAAGCCCCCAAACACCCAGAGGAGAGGACUUUCCAGAUGGCUGAAAACAGACUGCCCCUGGGAGAGAGGAGGACGGUGUUUAACUGUACUUUGUUUGAUGUAGGGAAGAACAAAUACUGCUUUAACUUUGGAAUUGUGAAGAAAAGCCAUUUUUCUGCAAAGGAAUGCAUGCUGAUUCAGAGAAAUAUAGAAACUUGGGGACCAUGGCAGCCGUGGAGCCCGUGUAGCACCACGUGCGGGGAUGCUGUCCGAGAGCGUCGCCGCCUGUGUGUCACUUCUUUCCCCUCCAGACCCAGCUGCUCUGGAAUGUCCUCAGAGACCUCUCCAUGCUCCCUGGAGGAGUGUGCUGUUUUCCGUCCACCAGGCCCAUCGCCUAUUCCACCCCAGGACCCGGUGAAGUCCAACAACGUGGUGACCGUCACAGGGAUCUCCCUGUGCCUGUUCAUCAUCUUUGCCACGGUGCUCAUCACUCUCUGGAGGAGGUUCGGCCGAGCCCCCAAAUGCAGCACGCCUGCUCGCCACAACUCCAUUCAUUCCCCUGGCUUCCGGAAGAACUCGGAUGAAGAGAACAUCUGCGAGCUGAGUGAGCCUCGAGGAAGCUUCUCGGAUGCGGGUGAUGGACCUAGGGGAAGCCCAGGGGACACGGGCAUCCCAUUGACUUACAGGUGCAGUGCGUCAGCGCCUCCUGAGGAUGAGGCCUCGGGCAGUGAGAGCUUCCAGUCCAACGCGCAGAAGAUCAUCCCACCCUUAUUUAGCUACCGCCUUGCCCAGCAGCAGCUGAAGGAGAUGAAGAAGAAAGGGCUGACUGAGACCACCAAAGUGUACCACGUGUCUCAGAGCCCCCUGACAGACACUGUAGUGGAUGCCACGGCCAGCCCUCCCUUAGACCUGGAAUGCCCGGAAGAGGCUGCAGCAAGCAAGUUCCGAAUCAAAUCUCCAUUUCUGGACCAGCCUGGGGCAGGUACCGGGGAAAGGCCUCCCUCCAGGCUGGAUGGCAUUGUGCCUCCUCCUGGCUGUGCGGUCAGUCCCAGCCAGACCCUGAUCCGCAAGUCGCAGAUAAGGUCGACCGGUGGCAGAGAUGGCUCAUCGGAGAGGUGCCACUCCAGAAGUUCCCUCUUCAGGAGGACUGCUAGUUUUCAUGAAACCAAGCAGUCUCGCCCUUUCCGGGAGAGGAGUUUGUCAGCCCUGACUCCCCGCCAGGUCCCCGCCUACAGUUCCAGGAUGAGGACCUGGGACCAGCUGGAGGAUAGGUGUCGGCCUCCCAGUCGAAGUACCCACCUGCUUCCAGAGAGAACAGAGCACUUCCAAGGGGCAGGUCGGACCAGCAGUCCUUUGGGUCCACUCUCCAAAUCCUACACUGUGGGGCAUCCCAGGAGGAAACCGGACCCAGGGGAUCGUCAGGCCGGAUUGGUGGCAGGAGCUGAGAAAAUGGAGCCUCACCGAGCUCACAGGGGACCGUCCCCCAGUCACAGGAGUGCCUCAAGGAAGCAGUCUUCCCCCAUUUUCCUCAAAGAUAGCUACCAGAAAGUCAGUCAGCUUAGCCCUUCUCACUUCAGAAAAGAUAAAUGCCAGAGCUUCCCCAUCCACCCCGAGUUCGCCUUCUAUGACAAUACCUCUUUCCGCCUCACCGAGGCUGAGCAGAGAAUGCUGGACCUCCCAGGAUACUUCGGCUCCAACGAAGAGGACGAAACCACAAGUACACUUAGUGUGGAGAAGUUAGUGAUCUAGGCUAGGAAGCAGCAGGGUUCACCCNGGGUCCUUCACCCCGCUGGCAAUAUCCCCUCCUCACAUACUUUCUGUUGGCUGCACUGUACAACCGUGGGAAUUAAUUCACCCAGAUGAUGUGUGUGUGUGCGCGCAUGUGGUUUUGAUUAAUCAGGAAGAAGUGGUUUAUGCUGAACUUUCCUUUCUGCUAUCCCUUUUCUCUUGGCUUAUUACUACUAAUAAAAUUUAAAGAAGGCAAAUUUAUGAUGCAUUUUGAACACGACACUGGAUGUUUCCAACUUAGGACUCUGGGAUCUUUUCCCAAGAGGGAGGAGCCUCCAAAUGGCUGAUGUGUAUGCAAACCAUUAUGGGCAGAGCUUGCAUCUUGCUUCCUUAUAAAGUAGGAACCAAACACAGGAGCCUAAACAUGGGGCUGCUUCUUUUGAAGUGUGUUACCAAGGUACCAAGUGGCAUAAAGCCUUUCNGCCCAGUGACCUAAAGACUAAGCAGCAUACACGUAAAUAGCUACAAGCUCAAGGCGACCUCCGACGACCACACCCAUCCUGCCUUUAGAUUGAUUUCCUUCUUUUAGAGUUUACCAGGAUGUCGGGCAGCUGGGGAGGUUUCAGAUAGGGGGAAAUCACAAAUGUAAACACGGGAGUUUCAAAAGUUAAUAUUUGUUCAACUGUCACUUGUGACUUUUUGUUUUUAAAUUGAAAUGUGCUUCCUUUGGAACCGUUCUCAGUGAUGACUGCCUGCUCUUCAGGAACAGGACGGGUGGAUUGUCCAGAGCCCUCUGGCAGCUGCUACUCAUGGAUAAAAGGAGAGCCAGGCUUGCUACUCUCCAGUUUCUUUAUUUAUCUCACCAGAAAGCUUUCUUCUUUAUCCAAGUUCACAGGCCUGUGGGCCAGCCUUUGACACAGAGGGCACAUGAUUGCUUGUUCCAGAUUUCCCAGAGAUUUACCCAGCACUGUCAGUCUGAGACCAAAACAGCUUUGGGGAAGUGGGAAUUCAUGGGGAACACUAUGAACUGAGAGCCUUCCUGUUAAGUGAUGCUCACUGUCUACCCAGGCCAGUGUUCUGGGGCUGUCACUAACAGUGACCCCCGCCCCCGCCCCCACCUCCGAGGGAGAAAAGAUGCUUUAUCACAGUUUUUAAUGCGUGAGUUGUAAUUUUCAGUAAACAGAUUUUCUGUAUCUUACCUCCAUGUCUCCGUGUUCUAGUCCCCGUAUCUGCUGUAGAAUGGGGGCUCAAUAAAGACAGUGAGUGGCCAGCUAGUGCAAUGCUUUUAAACCAGUUGUGGUUGAAUUAGAAUGAUUUUUAAUAAUACUUUACAGUGUAAAUCAUUAUAAAGGAAAUGUGUUCAUGAGACAUUGUGAGAUUUCAGUUCAUACAGGGCUCACAAACAUGUUUUUUUUUUUGUUUGUUUGUUUUGUUUUUUGGUGUCACCAAUUCGUGUGUUCCCAACCAUCCUGCAAACAAUCAGUCAUGCUUGGCCAGCGUUUUGCUGGCUCCGUGUUUCAGAUUAUCUUAGUAUAUGUAACUUCAUGGAUCUGGGUAAGCUUGACACACUUAGAUGUUUAUUGUCUGUGUCCCCACCAGUCGUGACUCCCUGCGAGGUGUCUGUGCUCACCUUGCUGAAAAGAAGUGUUCUUUCUAAAUAUAGUUUUUAAUCUAAAAUUUU